AUGUCUCUGCACUUCAACGUUAUAAUGCACCAACUCUUCGGGGACGAGUUUUGCGGUGGUGGUGCUGACGUCUGGGUCACAGAACCUACCAAGAAAGGUAUCAUAGUGUAUUCGUUCAUAACGCCUUUCAUCAGCUUCUUCGCCAUCUGCGGUAACACCCUGUCGUUGUGCGUAUUAAUGAGGAAGGAAUUUAAAGCCUCAAUCUACACUUAUUUAUCAGUACUGGCGACCACGGAUUUAAUAGAUUCCUCUCUAUUGUUCAUCUCGGGUCUCUGCAGAGGAGUUCUUUGGCGAGUGUCCGGUUGGAGGGAAUACGAAGCCCUCAUCACUUUACCAUUGGGCGGUGCGGUCAGUUCGCUCGCUGUUUUUGCGACAGUCGCAGUUGCUUUAGAUCGCGUCGUGUACUUGUGGAAGCCUAGGCGAUGUAUGAAACCGAAAUUCUGUCAACCGGAAGUGGCCCGAAGAGUUAUGUUUGUCGCCGGCGUCGUUUCCGUUCUUUUCAACAUACCGUAUUGUUUCAUGUUCGAGUGGACCAAGGAUGGAAAACUGGUGACUUCGGACUUCUUCGAUACCGAUUUUUAUGCAGUGCACAAUUGGAUCAAGUUUGUCGUAUUCGGAAUAAUACCGGCAAUACUUUUGAUCUUCGGCAACGGCUUUCUCAUCUAUUGCUUGAAGAGGGUCCACUCCAUCAAGGAUCAAUGCACCAAGAACUGCAACAAGAGCACCAGCAAACGGCGGAAAGUCCAGGAUCAGAAGUUCGUGACGAUGACCCUGGUGGCGAUCGUGUUUUUCUUUCUGAUCGGUGAGUUUCCCACUCACCUGGCUUCGAGGAAGACGGCCGUAACCAUCCUCUUCGGAGGUGAUCAAGACGCCGCUGAUAACUCGAAAGGUCUCGAGAAGUUCCGGCAGAUCGCUACUGUUUUGAACGCCGUCAAUAUAGCGGCCAAUUUCAUUGUGUACUGCAUGUUCUGUCCGCUCUUCCGAAGAUGUCUCAAGAAGAUGAUGGCUUGCGAAGGCAACAAGUUGAAAACUAAUAAUCUUCAGGUGAACGUCUUUUUCUUGGGGAAUGGUAAAGAUGCUGGAGAGAACACGCAUUUUAAGCUACCCAUCGUCGCUAAGGAUAAACUUCUAGGUCUGUUCGCAUUGCAGGAUAACACCAGCAGCAAGUCGAACGAGAGCAGUAAUUGA